AUGGGAACCGCUGCCUCUGCGGGCGCAGAAGCCCCUCACCGGAAUGGAGGCGGCGGCGGGGGGUCUGGGCUCCACUGCGCCGGGAACGGCGGCGGGGGAGGCGGCGGCCCGCGGGUCGUGCGCAUCGUCAAGUCCGAGUCCGGCUACGGCUUCAACGUGCGGGGCCAAGUGAGCGAGGGCGGGCAACUGCGGAGCAUCAACGGGGAGCUGUACGCGCCGCUGCAGCAUGUGAGCGCCGUGCUGCCCGGGGGGGCGGCCGACCGGGCCGGGGUGCGCAAGGGGGACCGCAUCCUGGAGGUGAACGGCGUGAAUGUUGAGGGGGCGACACACAAGCAGGUGGUGGACCUGAUCCGAGCAGGAGAGAAGGAAUUGAUCUUGACAGUGUUGUCUGUACCUCCUCAUGAGGCUGAUAACCUAGAUCCCAGUGACGACUCCUUGGGACAAUCAUUUUAUGAUUACACAGAAAAGCAAGCAGUGCCCAUAUCGGUCCCCACAUACAAACAUGUGGAGCAGAAUGGUGAGAAGUUUGUGGUGUACAACGUUUACAUGGCAGGGCGGCAGCUGUGUUCUAAGCGGUACCGGGAAUUUGCCAUCCUGCACCAAAACCUGAAAAGAGAAUUUGCCAACUUUACAUUUCCUCGACUUCCAGGAAAGUGGCCGUUCUCAUUGUCAGAACAGCAGCUAGAUGCCCGGCGUCGGGGACUGGAAGAAUAUCUAGAAAAGGUGUGUUCAAUCCGAGUCAUUGGUGAGAGCGACAUCAUGCAGGAGUUCCUGUCAGAAUCUGAUGAGAAUUACAAUGGUGUGUCUGAUGUAGAGCUGAGAGUCGCUUUACCGGAUGGAACAGCAGUCACCGUCAGAGUUAAAAAGAACAGCACUACAGACCAAGUGUACCAGGCUAUUGCAGCGAAGGUUGGCAUGGACAGUACAACAGUGAAUUACUUUGCCUUAUUUGAAGUGAUCAAUCAUUCCUUUGUACGUAAGCUGGCACCUAAUGAAUUUCCUCAUAAACUCUACGUCCAGAAUUACACGUCAGCGGUGCCCGGCACCUGCCUGACUGUCCGCAAGUGGCUCUUUACCACAGAGGAAGAGGUCCUCUUAAAUGACAAUGACCUUGCUGUUACAUACUUCUUUCAUCAGGCUGUUGAUGAUGUGAAGAAAGGUUACAUUAAAGCAGAGGAAAAGUCUUACCAGUUACAGAAGCUGUAUGAACAAAGGAAAAUGGUCAUGUACCUCAACAUGCUAAGGACUUGUGAGGGCUACAAUGAAAUCAUCUUCCCACACUGUGCCUGUGACUCCAGGAGGAAGGGGCACGUUAUCACAGCCAUCAGCAUCACGCACUUUAAGCUUCAUGCCUGCACUGAAGAAGGACAACUGGAGAACCAGGUAAUAGCAUUUGAAUGGGAUGAAAUGCAGCGAUGGGACACGGAUGAAGAAGGGAUGGCCUUCUGUUUUGAAUAUGCACGAGGAGAGAAGAAGCCUCGAUGGGUUAAAAUCUUCACACCAUAUUUCAAUUACAUGCAUGAAUGCUUUGAGAGGGUGUUCUGCGAGCUCAAGUGGAGAAAAGAGAAUAUUUUCCAGAUGGCGAGGUCACAGCAGAGGGAUGUGGCCACCUAGCCUUUCCUCAUCCCAUCCCCUCUCCUUGCCCUCAUCCUCUUGGCCCUCUUGUCUCCCAUGUCAGACAGUAACCAUUAACACAAAAGAAGAAAAAAAGGUCGUUAUAUCCCAAAGUCCUAAGCUAAAUAUUAAUAACUCCCUGUGAACUUCACGUCUCUGGAACUGAGCUGGUAGAGAACAGCAGGUUGAUAGUGCCAGAAGUCCACUGAGAUCAGACAGAAGUAAGUCCAACCAACUCGCCAAAGGCACCCUUGUCGUUUCCCCAGGCCUCGCACCAACAGACUCUCCUGUACUAUAUUUUUAAAACUGGAACUAUGAACUCCAUCCGUUUGCACUGUUCAAACAUAUAUAUGUAUGUAUGUAAAAAAUUAUAUAUACGCAAAUUACCUGCACGUAUAUACAUAUAUAUUUCUUUUUAAAUUUCCUAUUGAUGGCAGUACCUUUUUUAGCUUGUGUUUUUACACACCUUUCACUGAAUUCAUGACCUCUCUCUUGCUCUCUUUAUUUUGAAACAAACUUUAAAAAGGAAAAAAAAAUUACAGGGAAAAUACCUCUCCUCAUGCAGGACUCAGAAAGUUUACAACCUGCUUGGUUCCCCCCUUUUUUUGUGUUGAGUACAGUUUCUGGCUAUUGGUUUGCCAUAGAGUCCGAGGAGCAAGGAAUGUAUGUCUUUAUCUUCAAGAGGGUGCUGAGGAGGAGAAAGGCUGUUUCUCAAGAGCAACUAGACUGCAGGUCUAUAGGGAGUCUAAAGACCUAUGGUCUCCAUUCCAAGUCAUUGUGACUGACUAGUCCAUUCUGCAUCUCCUUCCUGUUUCUUUCGGGCCUUUUAUAUGCUUCCUUUCAACUGGUCCAAAACAGCGGUGAGGGUAGUGUCAGGGAGCUGUCACCAUAGGGAACUUUCUUCUGCGACAGGGACAGUAUUGGGAACAUACGGAGGGAAGGAAGGAAGCAGUGCCUCAUAUUUCUAAGGGUUCACCUCCUCCGCUCCUGUCUAGUAACCACCUUUAUUUUACACCCUCAUGACUGACUUAAACAGUGUGUGGAGAGGAAGUGACCUGGGUAAACUUAGAGUCUGGGUCUCUGUCAGCCAAAUCAUAGCCCUGUUCAUGCCAGCUCAGGGCCAGGGAAAAGUGGAAAUAUGCUUGAUUUCAGUUGGUCUCCACUCUUUAAAGAGUUCUUCAUCUGGGGCUGGAAUUGGCCUCAGUGGGCAGAGUGCUGGCUUAGUGUGCACAAAGCCCUGGGUCCCACCCCAGCACCACAGAAAUCUGGGUGUGGAGGUGCACACCUGUAAUCUCAGCACUUAGUCAGAAGUUCAAGCCCAUCCUGAGUUCAGGGUUAUCCUUGAUUCCUUGAGACCCUGUCUCAGAAGUAGAAGAGGUCCUUGUCUGUCCUUGCAUUUGGACGUCCUAGGACCUAAGAACUACAUUAGGGGCACAGGCCAGGACUGGCACUAGGGUAAUAUUCCCAGACCUUAAGUUCCUGCUUCCCCACUUUACCUUCCAAAUAGAAGCCUCUAUAGGCUGGCAUCCUGGGCUUUAUACAGCUAGAAGGCAGCCAGAAUUGGGUGGUGUUGGCAGUGUUGGGUUUGGUUUAAAGCUUCAUACCGCUUUCAUACUGGUUUUGCAGAUUACUAGGAGACCACUUUUCUGUCUGUAUUAUUCUGGCAGCCACUUGUCCCAGGAAGGUGUGAACCUUUUAGGACAGCCUAUUCCUUCUCUCUGCAAAUGUGGGACCACAAAGUGUAAAAUAUAAAAAUGGUGAGUGUUUAAAGUUGGAGAGGGUGGUACUUGAUCUGAAGGCUUUGAUCCAGGAUCAACUCUUCCUUCUGGCUUUAAUCCUGAGUCUGAGUACCUUAAAAGUAGAUGCAUUGAUUUCUACUUCAAGGUACUUUAGAGGUCAUCUUUGUUCAAACUGUAAAAAUAGCAACAGUGUGUUCCUGUUCCCUCAGUUAGAGAGGCAUGAAGGAGUCUACUCAUCAGCCUUCUAGAGAAGAGACAGGGCUUUUUGGAGGUCUCGAAGUAUGAGCCCCAGAGGUGUUGGCCUGUUAACAGAAUCUGUGUAGGAGCAGCCAACUUGAGGUGCAGCAAGGAGAUGGGAAGGGGGAGACCCAGAGGGCUCAGAGUGGGGCUCCAGUCAUGAAGGCAGAGGCCUCCACGGCUAGAGACCCACAGCGUCCAGCCCUUUUGCAUGAAGCAGUAUUAGGUGUAACUCUCCUCCAUCUGCUCAUUUUCCCUGCACUUUCUUUCUUCAGUCCCCACUAUGUUUUGUAGUCCUGGCUUCUGCCCAGGGUGGCUUCUGUCUCCCAGUCUUCUUUUGCAGUUUGUCUCGGAGAAAGGGAAUCCGCCUCCCCAUCUUCACCCCAGCAGGAUCUUCCUGGUCUCCCAUUGUCUCCUCCAUGUUGAGUUUCUGUGAGACAAAAAUUCAAAAGAUUUUUAUGGACCCUGAGAAGCCUGACCCUGUAGGAAGCUUUGUUUGGGUAGUGCUCUGAGCUUGCUGCUCUUCGUAUUUUUAUCCUGGUCCCCAUUUUCCUGCCCUCCCCAUGCUGAGGCCUAAGCUCAGCACAGCUACAGAUACAUUAGUGCUCAGGGCAGCUCCGAGGCCUGGACAGAGCUCUCAGGGAGGAACGAGAUAAAUAUUCCAGCAUCCUCUUGCCUGGCCCAUUUAGUUUUAUCCUUUAGUUACCUGGGCCAGUAGCUUUGAGUUACCCCUUUUAUAGCUCCAACCCCAAUGCUUGGAGCAGCAAAGUAGGGCACCGAUAAGAGGGGACACCUCUUUCAUCUCAGAAUUUCCAGCUUAAAGGGCCAGCUCCUAGAAAGCCAUUUUCUUAAAGGGACCUACAUGCAUAUGAGUUGACCUGAAGUCUCCUGGACUGGAGGGUCUCCCUGUCUCCUGUCCAUUAAUCUGUCUGGGGAUGGCCUCAGCACAUGGCCGCUCCUUUGCCAGUUCCGUGGGUUACUUUAACUUUGUUUUGGAGGAGGGAGAGUGUGGCCGAAUACGCAGAACUAGUGGGAGGGAGAAUGCUUCCUUAGCCCCCACUGUGGUUUCCUCUUAAUCUAACCUGAGUGCAUCUGCCAGGCUCCCUCUACAUAGACAGCAGCAGCUUGUUCAGCAGUAACUGAGGUGUAUGGAAACUGGGCUCUAGGAAGGAACAAGACUCUGGUAGGAGCACCUGGCCAGCUGCUAAACAAACAUGGGUGCCAACUUGAUAUCAGCCCCCUUCAAGCCAGUGAGCUGGGCUUCAGUUUUUUCCCAGGCCAUGCAUCCUUUUAAUUUAUUUGAGAGAAACUCUUAAUUGUAUUUUCACUGCAGUAUCUUGUAUUUUUAUUUGUGAUCUAUGAAAUGUGAAGAGAAAAUGCAGAGACCACACUGGCUCCAGUGUUUCUCCAGCCCCUGCUCUAGAGCUAACCACUCUAAGAUUGUUAGGUAAUGUCACUUAGUGUAAUUAAUUGUAACAUAUUCUUUUAAAUAAAUUGAUUUAUUGAUGAAACAA